AUGUUUUUGGACAAUAAAAAUGUAUUAUUGUUAGCAACUGGGUCGUUUAACCCUCCAACCAAUAUGCAUUUGCGAAUGUUUGGUAAAGUUUAUUUAAAUUAUUUAUUUUUUUAAGCUACCAAUAAAUAUUUCGUUAUGUUAAUUAGAAAUCGCCCGAGAUCACUUAAAUCGUUUAGGGUACAAAAUUCAUGGAGGUUUGAUUUCGCCUACACAUGAUGCAUAUCAAAAAAAAGAUUUAGCACCAUCACUACAUCGGUGUGCAAUGAUUCAACAAGCUCUCGUUUCAUUGCCUUGGGUAAAGAUUUCUGAUUGGGAAGUGAAGCAAAAUGGCUGGACAAGAACGCGACAAGUACUACAAUAUCAUCAAGUUAAUAUUUAUUUACCAUUGCAUUUAUUUUACUGGUGGAUUAAACCAUUUACACCUACCUAAUUUAUAAUAUUUUAUAUAAAUAUUGCAGAAUCAGCUUAAUGUGAUAAUCUCUUCUAGACUAAAUGAUACUGAUGAAGUUGACAACUCAUCAUUACCAGUUCAGUUUAUUGAAAAUAAUGGCGUUAAUGAUACUAAUCAGAAUAGAUCAAUAAAUGUCAGGCUCUUAUGUGGUGCAGAUUUAUUAGAAUCUUUUGCUGUUCCAGGCUUAUGGAAUAAAGAUGAUGUAAGUAAUUUAUUAUGUAUAGAACCAUGAUAUUAAUUAAUUAAAUUUAUUUUAGAUUGAAUCCAUUGUGAGAGAUUAUGGUUUGGUCGUUAUUAGUCGUUCAGGAUUUAAUCCACAGAAAUUUAUUUAUGAAUCUGACAUUUUGACAAAAUAUAUGGUACUGUAUAUAUUUUUGUAAAAAAAAUACAUUUUUAUUUUAUAUAAUAGAUAUUUAUUAAAUUCUAGGCCAAUAUAGUUGUUGUGACUGAAUGGAUAUCAAAUGAAAUAAGCUCAACCAAAGUACGCCGAGCGUUAUGUCGCAAUGAAAGUGUAAAAUUUCUUAUAAGUGAUUCAGUUGAAUCUUAUAUAAAAGAACAUGGUCUGUAUGGAACUCUAAAUAAGUAAGCAACAUCAAAAUUAACUUAUGUGUUAAUAUUUGAGUACCUAUUAUAUUUGUUUAAUGUUUGUUGUUAUUUUAUUAUUUGCUACUAAUUGAUGUAAAAUCAGUAAGUAUACCGAUAAUGAUAAAUUGUAUGUAAACACAAAUUGUGUUUUCUUGUCGUCUUUUCCUAGUAAUACAAAUCUUAUAAAAUAUUGCCCAAAGGAUUACAAAAAAAUAAAUAUAGAUGAACCGGACAAUCUUCAGGGUAUCAAAAAAAGAACAAAUAAUAAAUCAAAGGUAAGAAGUAUAACAGAAACUAAAGAAAACUGUACUAGGGUUGCUAUUCAAGUAUCUGAAAAUGGUAUUAUUGAAGUUAUUAGUGACAAGGAAACAAUGGUUUGACCUUAAACUAUAUAUUUAAAAAUUAUCCUAUUUUGUGCCAAAUUUACUAUGUUUAUUUUAGUAGUUAUUGUAAUUCAAUUUUUAUCAAUUUAUUUUCAAACUGUUCUUCCAAAAUUGCCAAUGUGUUUUUAUAUUUAAAUUUUCAUGUUGAAAUUAAAUUCAUCUAAUACUGUAUUCUUAUACUUGAUAUUAAAUAUACUGAUUAAUUAAUUUUUUUUACCCUCAAGUCUGAUAAAUAUAAAUUAAUUGAUUUUACCUAAACACUCAAAUAUUAAUUAUUAUUAUGAAUUACUGUUUUGAAGAUAUUAUUUAGUGAACUGAUGAUUUUUAAUUGCUAUAAAAUGUUUCUAACUUCCUUGGUACCAAUUAAUAUUUAUUUAACUAAAAUUUUUCUAUAGGUAUAAUUUCUGUAUUAAAUAUUAAAUUUAUUUUUUAUUUUAAUAAUUUAAAUAACUAUUUUAACAAAAAAAAUCACUGAACAUAUUUUUAAGUGUAUUUAUUAAUUUUAUAUUAUAAUUAGUGUUUAUCUCUGAAUUGUAGCAUUAAAUUGCUAUAAAUAAUUUGUUUUCUCUUGUAUUAUAGUAAAAGAUCACCAUAAAAAAUAAUUAUUAUUUAUCACAGUAAUAAGUAUUAACUUCGAGUUCAUAGGUCAUUGGAUAUCAUUUGAUAUUCUGAAUGAUUAAUGAAUUCCAUAUUAAUUACUAAUUUCACUGAAGUUUCACCUUAAAUUAUUUUGCUUUACACAAAACAGCUUUACUUAAUUUAAGAAAUACAUAAGAUAUUUUUAAAUCAAAAAAUUUUUAUUAUAAAUGUCUAGAGGAGGAUGUUUGUUACAUGUGUCUAUUUGAAACUCUAAAAUACGCAUGUCCCACGAAGAUAUACCUAAUGUGAUAUCUCCUACGAUUAUAACAAUAAUCAAAUACUGUUUUUUUUUUUUUUUUUCAUGACUGAGGGAUAUGAAUUUAAGUAUUCAUAUUUCAAUUAAAUUUAUAUGCAUUAUAAAAAAAUUUAAAUUUAACUUUUAUUUUCAUUAACCUCGUGAUCUGUAAUAUUGUUUUGUUUGUUCAGAGAAAAAUAAGGUAUAAUUUAAUACAUAAUAGUGUUUUGAAAUUAUCUCAUCUCAUUUUUGAUACUUUUUGUUUAUCAAAACACUAUUAUUGUUAAUACAACAUUAUUUUUCUUUAAAUUAAAAAAAGUAUUAAAAGUUGUAAGUUAAAUGAAAAUAAAUAGUUGAAUCAUUAAACUCUUCACAUUUUCAAAAAUAUUUAAAUAAAGACUUUUUUUUUAACAAUUUUUACCAAAACUUAAAUUUAAUUGAAUUAUCAAUACCUAUAGUCCUUAUCCUUGCCUGUCACACUAAACAAAAAAAUAAAUAAAUAGAAUUUGAUUAUUUUUAUUAUCUCAGAAUUAAUAAGUAUAGAUAUUCUAUAUAUUAUUAUUUAUAUGGAACAUUAUAGUAUGAGGAUGCCAUUAUUUUUGAAUUUUUAAUUGAGGUUAUCAUUUAAAAAUAUAAAAUCUAUCAUUUUAUGAUGAAAUAAUAAUGAAUUUUUUUUUUUUUUUUUAUUGCAAAAAUAUAUUAUUUUAAGUACUUAAAAGAUACAAUUGGCUUUGAAAAUGUUUAAUCAUUGUGUUAAAUUCAUUAUCCUAGUACUUUAUAUAUUAUUUUAAUAGAGUUUUUUUUAGGUAUAGCAAUAGAUAAAUUAAUACCAGUUCUAAUAGUACAUUUUAAGACCUAUCAUUGUAGUAGUAAAUAAUGCAUUUCCUGUAGGUUUAAAUUACUUUUGUCAAUUAUAAAACCCAACAUUUUUUUAAAGCACAUGUUUUAUUAUAAUUUUUAGUGGAAUAGCAAACAUUUUUAAAUUGUGUCAAUUUCAUGUUUGUAUUCUAACAAAAUUUCUAACUAAUUUAGUGUUUUAUAACAAACUUGUUAUGUAAGCAAUGGUUUAUAAAUCGGUUUAUGUUCUAAUGAAGUUUUAUUUUUCAAUCAAUAAAUGUGCAAAACUCAUUGAAUUGAUCAAUGAAUUUUAAUAUUUUGUAAUCUGUAAUUAACCAGCUUGGUCAGUUGUGUGGUUCAUGAUAUUGAUAGGUUAACUUAUUGAAGGCUGUAUUCUAUGUUGGAAUAUAGUUGUAAUAUGAUAAUACUCUAUAGAUUGGACCAUAAUUGAAAUAUAUUUCAAUUGAGGAUAAACAUUUUACCGUUUAUGGUGUCAAACAUAAUAUAUUAUAUUAUGUAUAAUAUUAUUAUUAUUAAUAUUAUCGUAUAUUAUUACUAUAAUAUUGAGUAUACAGAAAAAAAAAAGAAAAAAAUUGGAAUCAUAAACAAUAAAUAGUAUAAAGCAUUAUUUCUUUAAAAUCAAAAUUACUCUCACUUUUUUUUAGCAUGAGUGUUUUAUACUUUUUUUUUUUUAUACACAGUUAUUGCGUUAUUGUGGAAUAAUUUAUUAUGUUAUCAUAGGUACUAUACAUAUUUAUUUUAUAAUUGACUAUCUUUAAACUACUUUUAUUAAAUUUUUCAUUUUAUCUAUCUGUAUAAGAAAACAACAGAUACCUACGUAUUCAAAAUAUGUUUUUAUUAUUUAAAUUUAUAGAUUUUUAUUAAUUUUCAUUACAGGUUUAUUUCAUACAACUACAUUAAUAUUAAAAUAGUAUAAAUAGUUUGUUAACAAUUGAUUGCCUAUUAUCAAAUAGAUUAUUCCUAUUUGAACCUAUAAUAGGUAGUCUAGAGCCCUGCAUGAACCUACAUUUUGAAGCCCAUAUCCACCCAAAAGUAAAUUUUAAAAAUUAGGCCAGACUGGUCAAUUCAGUGAAAUAUGUAGCCCGGUCCAGAAGAUGAUCAAUAUAUUAUCUACUUCUGCAGUCUUCAAUCUAAUAAUUGGUUUGCAACAAUUUUUAUGCUAUUUUGUGACUGGUCUUCCUCUUCAAUUCUUGGUAUUAAUUAUAUUUUUGGUCUUCUAUAAUCUGACUUAUUUAUUGUAAUUGUAGUUAUUCCAUCUACCAUCCCUUAAAAAAUUAGUCCUAGCCCCCCACCCGUGUCUGAGAAUAUGACCCUCCAUUAGUUUCAUCUUUUCUUUAUACUUUUUCACAAUGAUCUUUUCAAUAAAACCUUUUCUAAAACUUCUUUGUUAGUGAUCAUAACAGUCCAACUUAUCUUUUGGAUACUUCUGUGGCAUAAUAUCUUAAAAGCCUUUAUUAUUUUGUGGUAGUCCAUGUUUCACUUAAAAAAAUUAAAAAUCAAUAAAAUACAAACCUUCCAAACUUGAAUAAGUUACUGGUUUAAAUUAAUUUAUGAAAUGUAUACUUAUAAUCUGUAUUUUGGUAGUACAAUAACCUAAUGUUUUAAUCAAAGCUUAAUGUAUACAGAUAUGCUUGUCUGAAAACUGUCUUUGAAAUGAUCUUAUCUUUUUAUAAACUUUUAGGUAUCCUGCUGGUUAAUUUUUAUAUCCUUUGAUUUCUAAACAAAAUUUCAAUACAAUAGGUCCCUAAUUAACCGUAAAGUUGACUGGUGAAGUAGUUUAAAUUUAAAAUGUACAGUAUACCUGAUAUUUCUAAUAAACAAUCAAAUAGUCAUAGUUCAUUAAAAUGUAAUAGUUUUGCACUUAGCGAUUUAUUUUUUAUUUGUAAUGUAAAUUCGAGGCUUGCAUAAUAUUAAUUCAGCACACAUGCUUAAUAUUGUAAUCACAGAUUCACAGUAUUUUUGUAUUUUAUUACAACUUUAUUUUUUAAAGUUAAAAUUUAAAAGUUUAAUAGUUUUUAUUAGUUUUAAGCAUGUUGUACAAUUGUCUGUUUCAGGUGA